UGCGUCACUUCCUGCGCGCCGCGGCUGGCGGGGGAUGCCCGUCGCCGAGGACGCCGAAGGGUUGAGCGCCGGGGCCGUAUGGAGGGAGGGGACGAGGAGCCCGCGGUUGUGGCCGUGGUGACGGAGCCUCGGUUCGCGCAGCGCUACAGACAGUACCUAGAGGAGCGGCAGCUCCUGGACGCACGGCACCGCGUGCAGCAGCUGCCGGGUGGCGCGGGGGUGGCGCUGCCCGUGCGCGCCCAGGCCGCCCCGGAGCGGCUCCUGCGGGAGCUGAGCGAGCGCGCGGCCCCCGGCAGCACCUGCACGCUCACGCGGCUCGCCCGCCCGCUGCCGUCGCGAAGGGCCCGGGUGUGCUCGCCCGCGCAGAGGCUGCGAGCCGAGCUGAGGCGCUGGGCGGAGGCCCGCGGGCUGGCGUGGUCCCCCGAGCUGGAGGCGGACGUGCCCCGGGCUUGGCAGCGGCACGGCGACCUGACGCUGCUCGGCGACGACUGCUUCCAAGCCGAGCCGUGGAGACGCCUGGGGCCGGAGCUCUGGGGCGCCGUGGCCUCGGCGCUCGGAGCCCGGCGUUUGGCCAAGCGGGGGCGGGUGUCCCCUGACGGUACCCGGACUCCGUCGGUGACCCUGCUGCUGGGUGACCACGGCUGGGUGGAGCACACGGAUAACGGCAUCCGGUACACGUUCGACGUGACGCGGUGCAUGUUCUCGUUCGGGAACAUCACGGAGAAACUCCGGGUGGCCUCGCUGCCCUGUGCUGGAGAGGUGCUGGUGGACCUCUAUGCGGGCAUCGGCUAUUUCACGCUGCCCUUCCUGGUUCACGCCGGCGCUGCCUUCGUCCAUGCCUGUGAGUGGAACCCUCAUGCCGCGCUUGCCCUCAGGAAAAACCUGGAGCUCAACGGCGUGGCAGACCGCUGCCAGAUACACUUCGGGGACAACCGGGAGCUGGAGCUCUCGAACGUUGCGGACAGGGUGAACCUGGGGCUGAUUCCCAGCUCUCAAGAAGGCUGGCCCGUUGCCUGCCAAGUGCUUCGGAAGGAUGUUGGGGGGAUUCUGCAUAUCCACCAAAACGUGGAGUCUUUCAUGAGAAAGAACCUCCAGAAAACUGUCCCCGAUGAACGGGGAAAUGGAAGUACUGGGGAUGUCCAGGGGGAAAUGCUGUCAUCAGCCACCAGACCCGAGUGGCAAAGCUGGGCAGAGUCUGCAGAGGCUCAGAUCGCCUCUCUCCUUCAGGUGCAUGGGCAACAGUGGAGGACUCGCAUCCUGCGUGUCCACCCGGUGAAAUCUUAUGCCCCCCACGUGGAUCACGUGGUCCUGGAUCUGGAAUGCCGCCCUGUUCUCUAGUUGGCUAGAAGAGGUAGAUUCAGGGACACAAUAGAGCCAAGUGAGUGCCCCUUACCGCCUCAGCUAGGGCUGAGUUGCCUCACCCUUUGUUUUCUGGUGCUCUUUUGAAGUGAUCUGUGGCCUGAAAAUGAACUCCAGACCACUCCAAAUAAUUUUAUUUUCUGUUAAGCACACCGAGAAUGUGUUAUCGUAUCAGGAAACCGGCUUGGCUCAUUAAACUAGGACUCAUUUGUGCAGUCAUGGAUUCUGCAUUUUACCUUCAUUUUCAGUGGGUGUUGGUCGUAUUUAUUUACACAUAGGGUUUCCUUGAGUUGGCUCUUGUGGCUUUUUCUAGUAAUUCAGAUACAGACAUUGAUUAUCAGAGUGAAAUACUAAUUCGCUGUUAGUACUAGUCCCGCAGAUCACUAGCUACGGCAGGAGGAAUCACCUGGAAAGCCAAGAUCAAAACAGGGAGCCCGGUGAGGAAGUUGUCCAGUUCUCCAGAAGUCCUGUAGUUGUUUAGGCACACGUGAUAGUGGUUUGCACUAGGGUGACAGCCAUGGGGAUUUGAAAACUAAUAGAAAUGUUUGAAAAAUAAAAUCGGUGGGACCAAAUAAUGAGCUCCAAA